UGGCCACGCCCCCGAGGGGGGGCGGACCAGCGGUCUAGGCGCAUGCCCAGUGCGUGAGCAGUGGCGGCGGCGGCGGCAGUCAUGGCGGCUCGGUGUGUGAGGUUGGCGCGGCAAAGCUUCCCAGCUUACCUGUCUCUCAGAACAUCUCCUCGGCUGCUGUGCACAGCUACAAAACAGAAGAACAGUGGCCAGAACCUGGAAGAGGACAUGGGUCAGAAUGAACAGAAGACAGAUACUCCUUCCCCAGAGAAGAUACUCCUGGACGAGAAGGUCAAGCUAGAAGAGCAGCUGAAGGAGACUGUGGAAAAGUAUAAGCGAGCUUUGGCAGACACUGAGAACUUGAGGCAGAGGAGCCAGAAAUUGGUGGAGGAGGCAAAAUUAUACGGCAUCCAGGGCUUCUGUAAGGACUUGCUGGAGGUCGCAGAUAUCUUGGAGAAGGCAACGCAGAGUGUCCCGAAGGAGGAGGUCAGAGACGACAAUCCUCACCUCAAGAACCUCUACGAGGGGCUCCUGAUGACGGAGGUCCAGAUCCAGAAGGUGUUCACCAAACACGGCUUGCUGCGGCUGAACCCCGUGGGUGCCAGGUUCGACCCCUACGAGCACGAGGCCCUGUUCCACACGCCAGUGGAGGGCAAGGAGCCCGGCACAGUGGCGCUGGUCAGCAAAGUGGGGUACAAGCUGCACGGGCGCACCCUGAGACCUGCGCUGGUGGGGGUGGUGAAGGCAGCUUAAUGGCCUCAUGGGGCUCCCGUGGGUUCUUUGCGAUCCCCUGCUAUAGCUCUUGAGAGGUUCAUCUUUGUGAAUACCUUUGACCCUUUCUCUGUCCUUGUUGGAAAGCUUUAGUAACCAGUGGCUAAACAGAAAAUGAAGCCGGUUGCACAGAUGCGUGAAUGAACUUAAAUUCGGGAGUCUGUUCGUUGAUUUUUAAUACACCUUUAAUCGCUCUACAUGCUUAGAGAACAGGCCGGCGGGACACAACUGGACCCUAGAGGGUCAGGAAUCAUGCUCUAGCUGGUUAAAGCCUAGCGACAUCCAGGUACCAUAAAUGAGUCCGUGCCUUCGGGAACCCCACUUGGGCUGCGUGCUGUGGCUCACCGGGUCCCGGGAGCUCAGCCCGAACUUUCCUGUGCAGAAGGGAAGGCGAGAGCUCGAGCGUGUUCUUCCUGCUUAGAAAAGUUUCGCCAUGCCCUCACUGAAAAACAUGCGAGUUCAUUUGUAAUUCGUUACGGUCUAGCAAUGAAAAUACCCAACUUCCGGCUUCCUUCUGGAGAUGGAAAGUGAGCACAUGCACCUGAACAGGUCUCACCAGCUUACUUUGCCCGUUACUGAAUUUGACAAAAUCAGUCACUUUUGCCCUUUUGUUCAUCUAUUUGCAGAAAUGUUCAGAUCUCUAGUAGCCACUUACUGAUGACCGGAAGGUCUUUUCCCUAGAAAGACGGACUUGCUCAAAAUCCGAGGAUUGCAUACUUCGUACAUUUUAAAUGUCAAUGUUUAAUUUUCAAAUUUUAUUUAAGAGGAUUAAAGCCCUAAUGUGUUUAUUUUCCUA